UCAUAUCCUGGUGCUUGAAAAUAUACCGGUGACUGCAAUGUGUCUUGUAUCCUUGUGACACAGAUGUGGAGAGAGCGUGGUCACUACAGCCUGUGGGCGGGGCGGUGGUCGUGGGCGGCAAGGGGGAGAGGAAGGGGAACCAUAUUUGUCGCAGUGUUGGCGAGUUGGGGCAGCGCGUGGGGCAGUGCGGCCCCCCGGCGAGACCCCGCGUGGUGCUGGUGAAGACGGCAGUAAUGGUGGUGAUGGUGGUGGUGGUGGCGGCGGCUAAGGUACUGGCAGUGGUGGUGGUGAUGGUUGGGGUGGUGAGGGAGAGUGAGGGUGAGGAUGGCCGUGCAAGCAGGCAGUGACGUGGUGAGGCUGGCCAUGAACGGUGUAGCGGCGGUGGGGUGCGUGGUCGCUACCUCCUCCUCCUCCUCCUCCUCCUUCUCCCUGUCCCCCCCUCAGCUCGCCGUGCCUCCGCCUCUCUUCCACCCGACACUUUUUGAGUCAACAGUGACCCGCACCCCUCCCUGGCCACGCGCACGCCGCCUCUGCUGCAGCUGGGCUGCCAAACAUCCUGGUCCGUGUGGGUGUGCAGUGCUGCUUUCAAGGCGACUUUUCCAAUACCUCGCAUGAGACACGGUGAACGCUACCUUGUGUGUCGUUCAGUAAAGUGUUGGUCAGUGCAGGUAUCUAGUUCAUGUCAUGAUGCAUGAGAACCGUUGAUAGCGCUGCAGUGUGAUAAGGUCUCGUGAAGCAGAGUGGCAGAGGCUGCAAGGGAGAGGCGGCGCAUAUGACACGGGACACUCCCCGACGUGAUCACCACAGCGCUUACAUAAGUGAUCGACGAGUGAAGAACUAAUCCACAAUGAUGGUCGCGGGAGGCCUGUGCGACCAGGGCGGCAUUCGGGAAGGACAGGAGUGCCCUGGGCAGUGCAGGUCUGGUCGCGCGCCCCAUCGACCCCUCUGAGGAACUUUUCGCAAGAGUCACCCCGCCCAUGUCAUGCCCCAGUCCAAGGCGGUGUAGCCAGGAUGCAGCUGCGAUGGACGUGUGCCAGCUUGCUACCGCUGCUGCUGAUGCUGCUAAUGUUACUGCUGCAGGUGGCGGGUGUAAAGCAGGGGUGCAGCACGUCUUCCACCAGCUUACAACGGUGGGAGCGAUCCCCUGCCUACAACUCCGGCUUCCACGCCCCCAGCCGCCCCUCCAAGACCCGUCGCUACAGUCGCCGGGACCGCCGGAGACGGCCAGAUUCGUGCCGCAGUGGACGUCACAGAUGUCACCGCCACGCCGUGUGUCGGAGCUUCCACCGCCAUCACCGCUGCGUGUGUCGGGACGGUUGGGAAGGCAAUGGCCGCAGCUGUAGAGAUCUGGAUGAGUGUCAGGUGCACAACGGUGGGUGCGUGCACGUGUGUACCAACACCCCUGGGAACUACACCUGUUCGUGCUACCCGGGCUUCCUGCCGGACGUGCACGACCCGCACAACUGCCAGGACGUGGACGAGUGUGCCCUCCACAACGGCGGGUGUCAGCAUUUCUGCCGCAACACCCUCGGCUCCUUCGCCUGCUUCUGCCCCGACGGCCUCACGCUGGCUUCCGACGGCCGCACCUGCUCAGUGGCCACUGCGUCAUGCACCUCGCUGUCCUGUGAACACCAUUGCCUGCCGGGGCCUGGCGGGGCGCCCUCCUGUGGCUGCCGGGAAGGUUACGUCCUUGUGCGAGGCAAGUUUUGCAAGCCUACCUGCGCCGUGGGUAACGGAGGCUGCCAGCACCACUGCCACGAGAGCACUUCUGGCUCCACCUGCACUUGUCACGCCCAGUACCUGCUGGCUGCCGACGGUCAAUCCUGCACACCCUCGUGCGCCAUCAGGAACGGAGGAUGUGACCGCCGCUGCCACAACACCGCCACGGGUGUGCGCUGCUCCUGCCCGCGAGGCUUCCAGCUGCACCACGACCACCGUACCUGUCUGGACGUGGACGAGUGUACUGAGGAUAGCGGGGGUUGCCAACAUCGCUGCGUCAACAACUGGGGAAGCUAUGAGUGUUUGUGUCCAGACGGCCACAAGUUGCUCCCUGACGAGCGCACCUGCGUGGACGUGGACGAAUGCGCAGUCAAGGGCACUUGCGAACACCUGUGCACCAACACCCUGGGCUCCUACACCUGUUCCUGUAGGGAGGGAUUCCAACUCUUCGCUGGGGCACAUUGUGGAGACAUCAACGAGUGCAGCAUUAACAACGGCGGAUGCAGUCACCUGUGCGUCAACACGAGGGGUUCCCAUCGCUGCGAGUGUCGGGCUGGCCACAGGCUGCACCCCAAUGGGAAGGACUGCCUCAGCAACGACCAAUGCUCGCCCCUCAGGAGUCCCGCUAAGGCUGAGGUGUCGUGCUACCACCUGGAAGAUUACGGCCACGAGGGAUGGUGCACGGUCAAGUGUCGCCGCGGAGCCGCCUUCACCUCUGGUAACAGCGAUACUAACAUCGAUAAUGACUACCACGUGAUGACCUGCGGCCCCGACACUGCCUUCACGUGGCGCUCAGAGGCUAACAGCACCUAUCUUGCCUGCUCCGAGGGGCGGGCUGAGAUGGGCUACAAGCAAGCGGUGAGGCUGCUGGUGGCGGCGCGAUACUCAAAACGCGUCUCACUAGACCAACUUCUGGAGGAACUGGCUCAGGUCCUUGCAGGAUGGAUGAAACCCUGUGGUGACAAGUGCAGGCUGAGAGUCACUUCGGGGAAGAUCACUAAGUCUAAGAAGUUGAGAAAGCGUCAUAAGGUGACCCGAGACCAGCACCUGGUGCGCAUCAAGUUCGAGGUUCUGGCCUUCCCGCCAGGUGGCCGCCGCCAGUGCGGGCGGGGCUGUGGACGCCAGGCAGCAGAACGAUUGCUAACGAAGAUCUUAAGGCCUCUCAGAAGGAACAUCGCGCAGAAUCAGCAGUUGUCCAGCUCCUCCUCAGGCCGCCUCCAGUACCGUCUGCUGCCCGCCACCUAUCAGGUCGGGAAGCGACUCAAGGCUGCGUGUCCCGAUGGCUUCGUUCCUGUGGCCGGCAAGUGUGUGGCGUGCAGCUCGGGUUCCCAACAUGACCUACGUACUGACCGGUGUUUGUUAUGCCCCUCCGGCACCUAUCAGCCAGGCGAGGCAGCCACCAAGUGCCUCGCCUGCCCUGCCCAGCCUUCCACCCCUCGUCCCAUGCAGCGGACGGGAGCUAGGAACCUCUCUGAGUGUGCAGACGCUUGUCCAGCCGGGUGGUGGAGCGCGGACGGCUACAGCCCUUGUCAACAGUGUGCGGCAGGCACCUACCAGGCGGAGAAGGGGCGUGUCCAGUGCUCCCUGUGCCCCAGCGGCCACGCCUCCCCGCCAGGCGCCACCUCGCUUGAGCAAUGUCUGACAAACACUGAGACGUGCGAACUGGGACACUUCUGGAACGUGAGUCGUGGGUCGUGUGAGGAGUGUCCUGUAGGCUACUACCAGAACACCACUGGAGCCGCCUCCUGCCUGCAGUGUCCCGCCUCCUCUACCACUGACCACCCCGCAGCCACCUCCAUCCACCAUUGCAAGAGACACAGGUGCGGCGGUCACGUGGGGGCACUGUCUGGAGUGUUCGAGACGCCCAACUACCCCGGCCACUACCCAGACGGAGCCCGCUGCACAUGGGUGGUGCCACCGAAGAAGGGACGCCGAGUCUUGGUGGUAGUGCCUAGUGUACGACUCAGCCACGACCAAUGCGGGGACUACCUCGUCAUGCGGAAGUCAAAGUCGCCGUACAGCACUGUCACCUUCGAAACCUGCUCCACCUUGGACAGACCCAUCGUGUUCACCUCUCGCUCUCAACGCCUUUGGGUUCACUUCCGUAGCGACGCCGCCAAGUCAGAUAAGGGCUUCAGAAUACUGUAUGCUACCUAUAACAAGGAAUACCAUCGUCUUAUCAAGAAUAUCGUGAGAGAUGACAGACUCUACUCCCUCCACAACCACCAAAACAUUCUGAAGGACAGAGAAUUGUUGCCGCGCCUUCUGGAAGUAGUCGCUGAGCCCAUCAAGUACUACGAAUACGCCAACGAGAAGGACAAGCUCUUCCCGUCCUCCUUCAUCAAGCUCCUCACGCCCAAAGUGAGGCGCUUCUUCUCCCGGAGGCGGAGGAGAAAGUGACGGCGUCGGCUUCGCGAAAUGGAGAUGAUGAUGAUGAUGAUUAUGAGAGAGAGAGAGAGAGAGAGAGAGAGAGAGAGAGAGUGUGUGUGUGUGUGUGUGUGUGUGUUUUACUUGUCAAUGCAAAUCCCACAGUGAUUAGUAACAUAUCCACCCAUAUCCCUUCUGGAAAUCUUAUGCAUUCGUUAUUAGAAACUUCGAUGCCGCCAGUGGAUGAGUGACGCUCUGGUGUCGACAGGCGCGGCAACCAAAAUUAUCCUAGAACUUUUGGUCAACACACUGCCGGUCGCACGAUAAAGAACAAUAGUGGACCAGUGUAUUGAGCAGUGUGUCGCGCAGUCAUGGAUAUGUUUGAAACAGAAUUGUGGCGGUGGUGAUGAAAUUGUGCACACUUGUCUGAUUGUCUGAAUCAUUCAUGUUAUAAGGAAACGAACACAUGAUUCAGGACUCGAACACAUGCGUAAUACUACGACGAAUUUGUUGAGGAGAGCUGAGGCAGCGAGAAUUUUACCACUGAGCCACUCUACCUACAUAAUCAGCAGAAUUACCAACUUGACUCCAGCAGAUGUACCAACAUAACUUUGAUCAUGUGUGCAAAUUUACAUUCGUCCCAGGCAAAGUCAAAAACAUGUUAUGGGCGUGUUUCGGACAAGCGUGACUGCGCAUGAAGAGUAAAGCGUCUUUGACCCGUAUUAUUCAACAACUCAUAUCCUGAAGAAAGUCGUCAUGCAGAAAAUUGCAGUGCUUAUUCUAAGCACGUAGGGAUGACUGUUCCUUGGCAGUGAGUGUGUGAGUGAAAAAGAAGGGUUUACUUAAUAGUAAUUUAAAGUUUUUUUUUUUUUUUUUACGUACAAAGUGGAACCUGUUGGAAUUCCUGAAGCGGCCCCUGACGUUGUGUCCGUAAUAUUGACAAUGGUAGUAAUAUGUGUCCUUUAACACUGAGUACUGGUAAUGAGUUUCCUUUUUGAACUGAUAAUAGUGUUGAGUGUACGUUAGUACUGACAGUAGUGUUAACAGGUGUUAAUGAGUCCCCUGAUAUUGACGGUGAUGUUAAUGAGAGCCCGCUGAUGCUGAUACAUAUUAGUGGGUGCUCGUGUGUAUUAGUGUGUUAUUAUGUGCUAUUCCUUACCAUCUGCGUUGAAAUACCGUGGAAUCAGUGCCUCAUGACUCCAGCCCCCCAAGCACACGACCAUCUGAGGUUUUAUUUGGUGGUUAUAUUAUGCAGCUGCUUUGUACCAAUCUGAUAUUGAAAUGCCGCAGCACUUGUGUCUUUCUAACAAUAUGAAUGACGUCCUGUACUCGAUUCGCCAAUGAAGACUUGGAUAUUUGCAGCAUAAUGAAAUAUUACUUUGUUUACUGUCGCUCCCGUGAAAUUAGGAGAGAGAGAGAGAGAGAGAGAGAGAGAGAGAGAGAGAGUGUGUGUGUGUAUGUGUGUAAGCGAUAAGCAGCUAUCAGCUUCUUCCUUAGUGUAGGGAUGAGCAGAGAUGCAUCGUGCCCUGUGACCUGCCCCUGUGGUGGUGGUGGUGGCUGCAGUACCUUCUUACCUAGGAAAAUAAUAUGAAAUGAAUAUAUACACUUUA